AUGCUGGCAGCUCGGACAGGGGCAGCAGGAAGUCAGAUCUCAGAUGGGAAAUCCAAGUUAAGGAAACAGUCUGGGUUUUCCACAUUGGGGAAAGACAAAUCUCCUAAGAAAGCCUCAGAAAAUGAGAAAGACAGUUGCCUCAGCCCCUCGGGGAAAAGCCAGCUGCGGGCGCAGCACCUGGCUGCUCUUCGUGAGGUGGAGAUGAGCUGGUACCUACAGCUCUGCGACCUGUCCAGCGAGCACGCCACAGCCACCACCACCGGCAUGCCACACAGGAACCUUGGAAAAUCAGGACUCAGAGUUUCUUGCUUGGGUCUUGGAACAUGGGUGACUUUCGGAGGUCAAAUUUCAGAUGAGGUUGCUGAGCGGCUGAUGACAAUCGCCUAUGAAAGUGGCGUUAAUCUCUUUGAUACUGCUGAGGUCUAUGCUGCUGGAAAGGCUGAAGUGAUUCUGGGGAGCAUCAUCAAGAAGAAAGGCUGGAGGAGGUCCAGCCUGGUCAUAACAACCAAACUCUACUGGGGUGGAAAAGCUGAAACAGAAAGAGGGUUGUCAAGAAAGCAUAUUAUUGAAGGAUUGAAGGGCUCCCUCCAGAGGCUGCAGCUAGAGUAUGUGGACGUGGUCUUUGCAAAUCGACCAGACAGUAACACCCCCAUGGAAGAAAUUGUUCGAGCCAUGACACAUGUGAUAAACCAAGGCAUGGCUAUGUACUGGGGCACCUCGCGGUGGAGUGCUAUGGAGAUCAUGGAAGCCUAUUCUGUAGCGAGACAAUUCAAUAUGAUCCCGCCAGUCUGUGAACAAGCCGAGUACCAUCUUUUCCAGAGAGAGAAGGUGGAGGUCCAGCUGCCGGAGCUCUACCAUAAAAUAGGGGUUGGCGCAAUGACAUGGUCUCCACUUGCCUGUGGAAUCAUCUCAGGAAAAUAUGGAAACGGGGUACCUGAAAGUUCCAGGGCUUCACUGAAGUGCUACCAGUGGUUGAAGGAAAGAAUCGUAAGUGAAGAAGGGAGAAAACAGCAAAACAAGCUAAAAGAUCUUUCCCCAAUUGCUGAGCGUCUGGGAUGCACACUACCUCAGCUGGCCGUUGCCUGGUGCCUGAGAAAUGAGGGUGUGAGUUCCGUGCUGCUAGGAUCAUCCACUCCUGAACAACUCAUUGAAAACCUCGGUGCCAUUCAGGUUCUCCCAAAGAUGACAUCACUUGUGGUAAAUGAGAUUGAUAACAUAUUGCGCAACAAGCCCUACAGCAAAAAGGACUACAGAUCAUAA